AUGGAUGCUUCAUCCAAAGGCCGCUACCCAUUUAUGGAGCGAGGCUGGGUAAAGCAAUUCCAAAUCCUCCAUCGGAAAAUGAGAACCGUCGUCGAACUCGAUCCUGCGAUCAGGCGGAAUAUGCUGCAUAUAAAGCCAUGGACAAGCCGUUCAAUGGUUCCUCAACAAAAUAUCCUUGAACUCUGCAAGAUAGAACGUUUGGAAAGCACGCCUACUAAACUCCAAGCCGCAACGGUCGAUACCAAUGGACAAAUUGAAACCACAGAUAAUGGCGCGCCGGCAAAUGCCUCGAAUUCCCUUCGAAAUGGGCCGCGUGGUUAUAAUCUCCUCGAGGAUGUCAGCGUCCGCAAGAAGAUGCUUCAUUUUGACCGUGAACGUGCUCCCGAAAGAGUGGUCCAUGCACUUUGCCAUGGCGCCUGGGGUCAAUUCGAGUCUAUGGGCGACUGGAGUAAUAUUACUUCCGCGUGCUGGCUGCAGUCCGGCGCAGUGAGUGAAGUCUUUACGAGAUUCUCGGUGGUUGUUGCCAGCACUGGUGGAAGUGAGGUAGGGAGAGACACUCAUGGUUUUGCAACAAAAAUUUACAGUCAAUGCGGCAACCAAGACUAG